AUGACGACAUCCCAUGAUCGUGCAGUCCUCAACCAAAUUCUGAAUCCUCUGAUGCCAACUUCAGAUUCUGGAGUCGCAGAGGUUCAUCUGGAAGCAGAUAAAGUUGAUCAUCCAGGAUAUGUUUUGAGUUCACAAUUAGAGAAAGAAGCAGUUCUUCUAGCAGAAAACAUGCAAGUCGCUGAAGCAAUUGAGAAGUUUGCACAAGCCAUCCAAGUGUGUCCUCAGAAUCCAUCAGCCUUCAACAAUCGAGCACAAGCAUAUCGUCUUCAGAAUUCACCAGAAAGAGCAUUAGACGAUCUCAAUGAAGCUCUUCGUCUCGCCGGUCCAAAAACAAAAACCGCCUGUCAAGCUUAUGUUCAGAGAGCGAGCAUCUACAGAUUACAAGGAGAUGAUGCGAAAGCCAGAGCUGAUUUCGCGUCAGCUGCAGAACUAGGAUCGUCGUUCGCCAAAAUGCAACUGGUCGCUCUGAAUCCAUAUGCUGCAAUGUGUAAUAAGAUGUUGGCUGAAGUUUUCGAGAAGGUUAAGACAGGGAAAGAUGAAUAA